UCCAAACACACAUAACUUACAGAAAUCAAUACAUGAAAAACACCAGAAAUGUGCUAAAUUGAAAGAAGAAAUUCAAAGAUUCUGGAACAUAAACAGGGUAUACAUUAUCCCAAUAGUAAUAUCUACAACUGGUAUCAUCCCAAGGUCUCUGCACAAUAGCAUUAAACAAUUAGGACUACACAGUAACAUCUCUGUAAAUCUCCAGAAAGCCGCAAUACUAAACAUUACUCAAAUAGUCCAAAAGUUCAGAGCAAUUGACAAAUGAGUAUGCUUUGCUAUGCCCGUACCUCAGGUUUUACCAGCUUAAGUUGAAGGAAAAACAUGAAACAAACAAAUAAAAAGAAGGAAAAGUAAGAAAUGUAAGAACUGACAAAUUUUAGAAAACAAUAUGUACACUCGAACACACUUAGAUUAACACUACCCUGGACUGAAGGAGGAAGAGGAAUAACAGACAUGCAACAUUUUCAGAAUGGUCAGAUAAAAUUUCUAAGGAUAUGUUUUCAUCAAUGAAGACAGGAUUCAGCACUCCACACAAGCAUAUACAGUUGUGAGAAGAGGUACUCACCACUAAGCACAAUCCAGAAAAAUGAAGGAACUAUCACAACAGAAGAAAAAGUUAAACCUAUGGAAGAGCUUGACCCUCCAUGGAAGACAUCCCUACAACCUGAGCGGAGUAGAUGCCAACAAGGAAGCACCGAUCUCCUGGCUCAGAGUUGGAGACCUCUUCUCAGAAACAGAGGGGUUCCUUGUGGCAACACAGGGCCAGAUGGUCUACACAAAAUGAUCAAAAAUACAUGAUAAAAGACCAACAAAUUCAAGAUCAUAAAUGCAUAAAGUGCCAAGAGAAACAGGAAACAAUCCAAUACUUCACAGGAUCCUGCAGCAAUUUAACUCAAUCCGAUUACUUUCACAGGCACCAUCAAAUGGUAAACAUCAUUCACCAAAACCUUGCUUUAAAAUACAAACUCAUAAAAAAAUAAAAAAAAGUCUGAUAAAGUUUUAGAGUCAAAGUCCAACAAAUUAUAUUACAACUGAUCCAUUAUUACAGAUAAGAUAAUCCAUAAUAACUGUCUGAUAAAAUAUUACAAGAUAAACAAGCAAAAACAAAUUACAUAAUAGACACAGCCAUUCCAAACGCACAUAACAUACAGAAAUCAAUAAGUGGAAAACAUCAGAACUAUGCAAAGAAAUUGAAAGAUUAUGGAAUAUGAACAGAUCAUACAUUAUGGAAUAUGAACAGAGUAUACAGGCCUACUCAGCAAUAUUCAUGUAAGGUCUUCAGAAAGCCACAAUAUUAAGCACCACUGGAAUAGUCUGAAAGUUUCUAGCAAUUGAGAGUGCUUGGCUAUGUCUGUACAUUACAUUUAACCAGUUUGAGCCAAGAAAAAAAAACUAAAAAUAAUUAUCAAAAACGAGAUGAAGAGUCCUUGAAAUUGAGUCUAUAUUUCAGUGAUGGGCAAGUGAAGUUGGGUGAAGAUAUCCCUCUGGUUCAAAAGCCUAAUGGUUGAGGGGUAAUAACUGCUCCUGAACCUGGUGGUGUGGAUGCUGAGGUUUCCGUACUAUUUUCCUGAUGGCAGCAGUGAGAAGAGAGUACAGCCUGGAUGGUGGGCAUCCUUUGAUGAUGGAUGCUGCUUUCCUGCGACAGUGCUCCAUGUCCAUAUGCUGAAUGGUGAAGCGGGCUUUACCCGUGAUGAACUAGAAUGUAACCACUACUUUUUGUAGACUCUUCAGUUCAAGGGUAUUAGUGUUUCCAGAGCAGACCGUGAUGCACAGUAUACUCUCCAUCGCAGAUCUGUAGAAGCUUGCCCAAGUUUUAGAUGUCAUGCUGCGUCUUCGCAAACUCCUAAGAAGGUAGAGGUGCUGCCAUGCUAUCCUUGUAAUGGCACUUAAGUGCUGCACCUAGGCUGGGUCCUCUGAAGUUAUAGCACCAAGGAAAUUAGAGUUGCUGAACCUCCCUACCUCUAACCCCUGAUUUGAGAACUGGCAGGCAGAUCUCUGUUUUUCUCCUCCUGUGGUCCUACAUAACGUAGGUGUGCCUAAUAAAGUGGCCACUGAAUGCAAUGUAGGAGCUUGAACUGGGAUUAGCUCUGUCAGUGCAGGGCAGGGAACGGAGAGCUGUUUCGCUUAACCUGCUGAGCCAUUGGAAAGUGCUGCUCCAAAGAGCACUACAUGAGGUUAUCCUUACCCUCUGCCUUAAGGCUCUAUAAGGAGACACUAUGGCCUGUUAGUCUGUUUAAGAUAACUUAUUUUUUAGACUUUCUUACUUCUCUUCUAAUAUUUGUAUAUCUGUGACAUUGUAACUUCCUUUGGGAUCAAUAGAGUAUCUAUCUGUUGGUGGUGUGCUAUCAUGUUUGCUGUUGUGUGCUGGGGCAGCAGGCUGAGGGUAGCAGACACCAACAGAAUCAGCAAACUCAUUUGUAAGGCCAGUGAUGUUGUGGGGGUGGAACUGGACUCUCUGACGGUGGUGUCUGAAAAGAGGAUCCUGUCCAAGUUGCAUGCCAUCUUGGACAAUGACUCCCAUCCACUCCAUAAUGUACUGGUUAGGCACAGGAGUACAUUCAGCCAGAGACUUAUUCCACCGAGAUGCAACACUGAGCGUCAUAGGAAGUCAUUCCUGCCUGUGGCCAUCAAACUUUACAACUCCUCCCUCGGAGUGUCAGACACCCUGAGCCAAUAGGCUGGUCCUGGACUUAUUUCCACUUGGCAUAAUUUACCUAUUAUUAUUUAAUUAUUUAUGGUUUUAUAUUGCUAUAUUUCUACAUUAUUCUUGGUUGGUGUGACUGUAACGAAACCCAGUUUCCCUCGGGAUCAAGAAAGUAUGUAUGUCUGUCUGUCUGUAUCUACCUCUGCUGAUUCUGAAGAAGUAACACAAACACGUGUUCAGAUUGUAGGCACAAUAAUCUGGAUGCAAGUCACCUGCGCUUUACAGACAUUAAAACUGUGCUCUCAUAGUUGUCCCAUUUAUAAUUCACAAGUCCAGCAGUGCUUUUCUCUGCCACUAAUGCAGGCGUAGGAGCAACAGUGAGACUUUCAGCUGAGAACAGUGACAAGAAGCAAAAGGACAACACAUUUAUUGUCCGAAUAAGGUUGGUAUUUUUAUGUGGUUGUUCACAGACGUUGCUGGAUCGCCAGCAUUUAUUAGUCAUUGAGCUGAACAGUAUAGAAACAGGCCAUUCGACCCAUCAUGCCCAUGUCAACCACACCAUGGGAGCUUAGUAGUUAGCACAAACUUUACAGCAUAGGUGACCUGGAUCCAUUUCCCACCGCUGCCUGUAAGGAGUUUGUACGUUGUCCCCGUGACUGCCUGGGUUUCCUCCGGGUGCUCUUGUUUCUUCUGCAGUCCAAAGACAUUCCAGCUAGUAGGUUAAUUGUUCUUUGUAAUUUGUCCUAUGAUUGGGCUAGGAUUAAAUUGAUGGUUUGCUGGGUGGCAAGGUUUGAAGGGUUGGAAGGGCCUAUUCCAGGCUGUAUCUCAAUACAAUAAAACCUCUACUAAUCCCACUUUCCUGCAUUAAUUCAAUACCCCUCUAUUCCCCGCUCAUUUUGGUACUUGUCCAGAUGUCUCUUAAUUCUCAUUACUGUUCCUGCCUCCAACACCUCUUCAGGUAGUGAUUCCAGAUACAAACCUUCUUCCUCACAUGGCUUCACCUCUCACCUUCUAGUUCAUACUCCUUCCCCUCCUCUUACCUCUUAUUCUGGCUUUGUCCCCUUCUUUCCAGUCCUGAUGAAGGGUCUUGGCCCGAAACAUCAACUCUUUAUUCAUUUCCAUUGAUGCUGAGUUCCUCCAGCACUGUGUGUGUAAAAUUUGCCUCUCAGGUCCCAUUUAAGCCUCCUCCCUCUCCUAUGCCUUCUGUGUUUACACACCCCCAGGAAGGAAACAGGCUCUAUGUAUCCUAUCUUUAUACGAGUAUGACAUGGAAGGAUAGCAGUAGAUAUCAUUUCUCCUCUCAGCCUCCCUUGCUCCAGGAUAAACAGACCAGCCUGUACAAUCUAUCUUCACAACUCAUGGCCUCCAGUCCAGGAACAUUCUUGUGAAUCUUUCCUGCAUUCUCUCCAGUUUAAUUACAUCCUUCUGAUAGUAUGGUGCACACAGUACCCCACGUGUAGCCUGUACAAUAUUCUGUGCACCUGUAUCAUGACAUCUUAACUCUUAAACUAAUUUCCUCAGCCAAUGAAGGCAUGUGUAUGAUAUGCCUACACUAAGGAAAUGCUGCAGAACAUAAAACACUACAACAAAGUACAGGCCCUUUGGCCCAUGACGAUGGGCUUGCAUUAUAACCUGCUCUUAAGAUCAAUCUAACCCUUCCCUCCGACAUAGCCCUCAAUUUUUUAUCAUCCAUGUGCCUAUCUAAAAGUUCCCACUACUCUCAGUAAAAAAAAACUUAACUCUGACAUUCCACUGUAUUUUCCUCUAAUCACCUUAAAUGCUGAUUAGUAGUUUCUGUUCUGGGAAAAAGUCUCGAGCUAUCAACUUGAUCUAUGUUUAUUAUCUUGUACAUCUCCAAUUUGCCCUUCAGGCUCCUGGACCUCCCGGAAUCAGGAUUCAACGAUUCACUCGCACCUUUUCCACAACCACCCCCGCUCCCCUUCAGAUCUAUGAUCGGUCCAUCAGACUCACUAUUCCUUUCCUUUUGCAUUAUUUAUUUUGUAGUUUUAGGAUUGUUCUUUCUAUGCACUGCAUUGCUGCUGCAAAACCACACCAUUUCACAUCAUAUAAGGCAGUUUCUGAUUUUGAGAAGAGAAAUGGGUCAGGACACGCUAACUCCGCGCAUUAGCCGCCGGAACCCGCGACGCUGCGCCGAGUUUCCUGCCCGGACUGCUUCGCGCACACACUGAAUGCACCAGACUGCUGGAGGAGAGGGCCGGCGCGCGGAGAGCAUAAGAGAAAAUAAAUUGGGAACGAAAGUUAAAACCCGGAGCGACAUAAACAAUGAGAGGUGGAAGGCGGGGGAAGAGAGCUUCAAAUCUCACUUGGGAAAUCCAAAGACACCAACAACGAGUUGUCACGGUCGGAUGGACGCUGCCAUUUUGCACCUUGGUGACGUCACGCACGCUGGUUUCCCGCACUUUCGGCUGAGCGGAGUGGGAAUGAUGUUUGGUGGCGGGGAUCUGCUUUUAGAGCCUCCCAAAUUGGAUUUUAAUCUGCUCUGAUGAGAUGGGAGAUCAGUAAGGAACUCAAUCCAGUGGCAAUGAAGUAAGACGUUCCAGGACGUUCCAGCAUGUUAAGUCCACAGUUAAAACUUAAUUCAAGGUCCUCACCCAAAGUGCCCAGGGGAGCAUAAUUAACCAUUCAAGAAAACUUGCAUUCUAAUGACUCUGAUUUAAAAUACCGUGUGGAAAUAACAAAGAAGAUGUUUAGGAUAAGAAGUGGCUACAUAGGCUGGAAAGUUCUCACUGGGCACCACCUUUGCUUGGCUUCACGUAGCAGAGUACUGUCACUUCACCCUGACAAGAGAGACCACGUCAGCUGCUUUUCAGCCCCCUUCUCCACAAGUUACUGCAGUUCUGUGCCUGCGACAGGAGCUGACUGUGUGACCCACUGGCAGAAGAUAUUUGAACAGAGGGCGAUAUCAGAGCCCUUGCUCUCAGCUGAAUACAUCGUUUCCCAUGUGCUUGGAGGAAAAACUAUUCACAGCCUUGGAGCGGAGGCGCUGACCAACCCCCUCACGGCAGAGCAGAUGCGGACAAUCUGGGAUUUGUGUUCCAAGCGCCUUCAACACAUGCCUGUGCAAUAUGUGAUUGAGGAAUGGGACUUCUGCGGUCUAACGCUGAAAGUAAAGCCUCCAGUCUUUAUUCCCAGACCAGAAACCGAGGGUUUAGUUGAUCUGGUGCUGUUGGAACUCGCCACAGAAGAAAAGGUUGACUGGCAAAGCUUCAGUCAGGCUUCAAGCCCAAUUUUUCUGGAAAUUGGGUGUGGAUCUGGUGCCAUAACUCUGAGCUUGCUGCACUUCUUCAAACAAGGUUUUGCUGUGGCAGUGGAUAAAAGCCCUGAAGCUGUGAACCUCACCAGAGAAAAUGCUGAGAGAUUGUGUCUUCAACACAGACUUCAAGAAUUGCAACUCAACAUUUUAUCCGAUGCCCCUGAACUGGCUCGGAUCUGUAAAGCUGUGGACGUUAUUGUCAGUAACCCUCCGUAUAUAUUCCACGAAGAUAUGCCUGGACUAAUGCCAGAGAUCCUCAGGUAUGAAGACCAUGAUGCACUGGACGGAGGAGUGGAUGGAAUGAAGAUCAUCAAACCUAUUCUUCUCCUUGCAUCUAAAGUUCUGAAAGAAUAUGGAUACGAACUUCCGGCUCAUUGAGCCAUGUUGCCAUCAACCCCAAUCUAAUCACGGGACAAUUUACAGUGACCAAUUAACCUAUCCUGGACUGUGGGAGGAACGUGAAGCACCUGGAGAAGACCCAUACAUUUCAUGGGGAAGACGUACAGAGGACGUCAUGAUUGAACUCUGAACUAUGACUGCAAUAGUGUCACACUAACCACUACUCUACCGUGGCCUGGGAAAAAAAUGGCUAAGAUGAGAGGCCUAAUUUUCAGGUGAUUGGAGUGAAGUAUACGGGGGAUGUCAGUGGUAGGUUUUCUACACAGAAAUUGGUGGGUGCAUGGAACACACUGCUGGGGCUCUUGCUAGAGGAAGAUACUUUAGCGACAUUUAUAAAGCUCUUCAAUGGGCACGGAUGAUAUAAAAGUGCAGGGCUAUGUAGGAGGGAAGAGUUAGAUUGAUCUUUAAAAGGUCAGCACAACAUUCUGGGCUGAAGGGCCUGUACUGUGCUGUAACAUUCUAUGUUCUAUAAUGGUGGUUGUCCAUCAUAUCCAACGAUGACGGGAGAUCUGUGCAGGAGAUUUUUUAAAGUGGAAAAGCCGUUGCACUGGGGCAGUUCCACUCUCUCGACCUCAGAAGUCUAGGUCCAGUGGUACGAACAAUCGUCACAAACUGGGGUCUUCCUUGGUCGUAGUGGAUGACAGUGCCAUCUCCUGUGCUUUGUCAUGCCCUUUGCUCUCCACGGAGCGCCGCAAUACUGCCUCCCUAACCACCGGAUCUCAUUAAUCCUAUCUGCCCAGUCUGCUGAAGCUGACUUUGCAUGCUCGGACAGGAAUGUCUCUAUUUCUCCAGGGUAUGAGGCCCUCAGAUGGUUCAGCCUGCCUGCUAAGGCAGUGUCCUGGGGUGCAAACAGCUACUGGAGCCACAGGUGAGAGCUGAGUGUCCGAUGGGGACCUAGGAUGAGUGAGCUACCCCAGAAUGAACACUGCAUGCCCCUACCCCUCCCUGGACACCCCAUACACCCCUGUUCUGUAGAAGUACUAGUUAAAUCCUUCAGCUUAUUCUAUGAUCUAUAAUAUGCCAAUUGAUUUAAGUACCCCUGAAUAUCUAUGAAUAGUGUAAAUGGUUCUUAAUGGUCAGCAUAGACUCAUUGAGUAAUACAUCAUGGAAACAGACCAUUUGGCCCAACUCAGCAAUACUGACCAAGAUAUCCAUCUAGGCUAACCCUAUUUCCCUAUAUUUGGUCCAUAUCCUUCUAACCUUUUUUGUAUCCAUGUUCCUAUCCAAAUAUCUUUUAGAUGUUAUUAUUGUACUAACUUCAACCACAUCCUCUGGCAGUUGGUUCCAUAUACGCGUCACCCAAUGCAUGAAGAAGCAGCCCCUCGAAUCCUAAAACAGGCUGACUAAAUCAGCUCACAGUACUCUGAGUGUUUCUGCACCAACACCUCGACAAGGUGAACUGAAAGGCCUGUCUAGAAAGAUACUAUGUGACUCUGGAGCAUUCAGAAAUAUGUAAAGAUUGCAGACGAGCAGGUAAAAGUCAGAGUCAGUCAAAUUGCAGAGGACGAGGCGUCUGUGUAAGAUGAUCUUCCCUCUUUUCCAUUGUUGGGCUUUUUUUAUAGUGACAGCCGUCAGCUUCACAAAUAGAUCAUUAUUAUCGCAAAGUCAGUCAGGUUUAUUAUCAAAUUACUUACAUGUCACCAUGUAUGUUACACCUUGAGAUUCACUUUCUUGCAUGCAUUUACAGGAAAAUAAAAAAUACAAUAAAAUUUAUAUAUAAGUAUACAUAAAUAAAGACUGACAAACAAUGUGCAGCAGACAAAUAGGUGCAAAUAAAAAGUAAAACUGAGAACGUAAGUUGGAAGGACUCCUUAGAAGUGAGUCUGUAAGCUCAGAAUUGUGGUGAGUGAAGUUAUCUACGCUGGUUCAGGAGCCUGAUGAUUGUAGGGUAGUAUGAACAUGGUGAUGUGUGACCUAAGACUCUUGUACCUUGAAAGUGAGUCCAGUUCAGUGGGAACAGUACUGUGAUGGGACUCUUCAUCUCAUGUUCUUGAUAUUUUUUACAGGUUUCCCCUGCUAGUCGAAGGUAGAGCAUUCCUAUAAAACCGUUUGUAAGCCCAAAUGUCGUAAAGCGAAGAAGCAAUUACCAUUAAUUUAUAUGGGAAAAAUUUUUGAGCAUUCCCAGACCCAUAAAAUAACGUACCAAAUCAAACCAAAUAGCACAUAAAACCUAAAAUAACAUGAACAUAGAGCAAAAGCAAGAAUGAUAUGAUAAAUAUACAGCCUAUAUAAAGUAGAAAUACUGUAUUUACAGUGUAGUUUCACUUACCAAAAUCGGGAAGACAGCCAGCCAAAAUCGAUUUGGAGAAAAAAAUUGGCACGUACACACCUACGUACAUACACGCAUACGCACGUACUUGCAUGUACACACAACUGCCCGCACAAGGCUUCACGCUCACAGUAGUCUUUUCAGGGUAAACACGCGUAUAAAGCAGGCAUCUUUUUCUUCAUAAAAGCGAAAAUCCUCUUUGGUUAGCGAAAUCAGGUACUAAUGUAGGUCUUUUGUAACAGCGAGUUGUCGUAAAGCCAACAUUCGAAAAACGGGGGUCACCUGUAUUUCUGAUUAUGAUUAUUAUUAUUUCAUUUUUUGCUCUUUCUUUUUGUAUUUGCACAGCUUUUUUUUGCACAUUGGUUAUUGUCCGCCCUGAUGGGUUCAGUCUUUCAUUGAUUCCUUUCUUUCUUUUUCAAUCUUUUUAUUAAGUUCCCAAUAAAUAAUAUUAAUACUAAUACAUAGAGAUCAGGAGUACAUUAAUAAUGGUUAACAUGUAGGAACACAUAUUCCAAGUAACAAAUGGAGUCUAACCUCCCAAUCUCUUAGUAAUUAACCAUGAAAAAGAUAAUUAUAAUAAUAAAAGAGAAAAAAAACUAGAACAACCUUCCAUUGUGUCUCUUAUAUUUACUGUGAUUGCUCACAAGAAAAGGAAUCUCAGAGUUGUAUAUGAUGACAUAUACGUAAUAUGAUAAUAAAUUCACUAAAAACCUCCCGCCUGAUGGUGAUAGCAAGAAGGGAGCAUGGCUUGGGUGCUGGAGGUUCUUGAUGAUGGAUGUUGCUUUCCUAUAGCAACGCUCCAUGUAGAUGUACUCAAUGGUGGGGCUUUGCCUGUGAUGGACUGGGCUUUAUCCUGUAGAAGGUGUACGUUGAUUCACAGUUCAGUUAACUGCCCAAAGGGAUGGUGGUCAUUAAAAGUGUCAUACUUCAGAAUACACUUGCAAACCCAGCUAAGAAUUGCAGCUGAGUUGGUCUUCUGUGGUUUCUGCACAAUAAUUAGUUGUUAAAUCAACUAUUGCAGUCAAAUAAUUG